GCGCAUGCUCUUGGGGUCGGGUGACAGAUGACGAUCGACUUCACUGUACAAUACUUUGUGAAAGCCCGCUCUCCCUGGUUGACAAACACAUUUGUGUUGAAGAAGAACCAUGCUUCGAGUUGUGUUAUCCCGAACUUUUCCUCGGAUCUCUGGCAUUUCCAAUUGUCAGUAUUCGGCGGCCGCCAUCCCGGUUCCAAGCGCACAGCCCGAAGUCCAUUAUAACAAGCUGUUCAUCAAUAACCAGUGGCAGGAUGCCGUCAGCAAGAGGUCCUUCCCCACCAUCAACCCAGCCACAGGAGAGGUCAUCUGUCAGGUGGCUGAGGCAGACAAGGCAGAUGUGGACAAGGCUGUGAAGGCUGCCAGGGCGGCCUUCCGGUUUGGGUCACCAUGGCGACGCAUGGACGCGUCGGACCGCGGGCUGCUCCUGAGCCGGCUGGCAGACGCAAUCGAGAGGGACACAGCCUACCUAGCGGAACUGGAGACCCUGGACAAUGGGAAGCCCUAUGCCUUGUCCUACAGCGUGGACGUGCCCAUGGUGGUCAAGUGCCUCAGGUACUAUGCGGGCUGGGCAGAUAAGUGGGAGGGGAAGACCAUUCCCAUCGAUGGAGACUUCUUCUGCUACACCCGUCAUGAGCCCAUCGGUGUGUGUGGCCAGAUCAUCCCGUGGAACUUCCCUCUGCUGAUGCAGGCAUGGAAGCUGGGGCCAGCUCUGGCAACAGGUAACACUGUGGUGAUGAAGGUGGCUGAGCAGACCCCCCUCACUGCCCUGUAUGUGGCCAGUCUCAUCAAGGAGGUUGGUUUCCCUCCAGGUGUGGUGAACAUCCUGCCUGGUAUGGGUCCAUCUGCUGGUUCUGCCAUCGCCUCCCACAUGGAUGUGGAUAAGGUGGCUUUCACAGGAUCUACUGAGGUAGGUCACCUGAUCCAGCAGGCAUCUGGCUCCAGCAACCUGAAGAAGGUCACUCUGGAGCUGGGAGGAAAGAGCCCCAACAUAAUCAUGUCUGAUGCCAACAUGGCGGAGGCGGUGGAACAGUCCCACUUUGCCCUGUUCUUUAACCAGGGCCAGUGCUGCUGUGCCGGCUCCCGUACAUACGUGCAGGACACCAUCUAUGAUGAGUUUAUGGAGCGCAGUGUGGAGCGGGCCAAGAGCAGGGUGGUGGGAGACCCCUUCAACAUGAAGACUGAGCAGGGACCGCAGGUGGAUGAGGAACAGUUCAAGAAGAUUCUGGGCUACAUCAGCAGUGGGAAGCGUGAGGGGGCCAAGCUGAUGUGCGGGGGAGGGGUGGCUGCAGACCGUGGCUACUUCAUCCAACCAACCAUCUUUGGAGAUGUCCAGGACGGCAUGACCAUUGCCCGUGAGGAGAUCUUUGGGCCGGUGAUGCAGAUCCUGAAGUUUAAGACUCUGGAGGAGGUGGUUGAGAGAGCCAACGACACAAAGUACGGCCUGGCAGCUGCCGUCUUCACCAAAGACAUCGACAAGGCCCACUACAUCUCUAGCGGAAUUCGCGCUGGCACUGUCUGGAUUAACUGCUAUAAUGUGCUUGGAGCACAAGCCCCCUUCGGUGGCUAUAAAUAUUCUGGUAACGGUCGUGAGCUGGGAGAGUAUGGCCUGGACAACUACACUGAAGUGAAAACGGUAACGAUCAAGGUCCCUCAGAAAAACUCGUAAAGACGUCUGAACUCUGCCUCCAAUCAAGGAAACUGACCAUAGGAAGGCUCUAUGGAACUAAAUCAGUCUUUAUUUUGUUUAUCACAGAGUUCUCAGUUAUUCAGUUGGACUUUAGUGUUACUUAGCCUCUGUACUCAUCUCUAACUUCAUGUAAAGAAUUUCCAAACAAGAUGAGAAAACAAUUACAGGCAUGGUGCUGUUAGUUUACACCCAGCUUGUUGUACAGCCGUGUCAAACUUCAACAGCUUAUUUUAAGCACUUCAUAGAGCGUGCCAUAAUAUUUCAUAAUAGUUAUUUCAGUCAUUAUGUUCAUCCUGUUUUAAUAUGGUGAAUCCCUGCUACAAUGCAGAGUAGUUUUGUACUAUUGUAGAGUGAAAGUGUGAACUUUCAAUAAAUGCACUUGAUACUCGCUA